ACUGUCAGCUGUCAUUGUUGUUUGUUUUUCGGUUUCUAGGCCGUCAUUUUACUGGAUUUUACUGAAAAUUGCAAAAGAACCAUGGCUACAAGAACUCAAAUUCUCAAGCUCUACAAAGAGAUGCUAAGAGAGUCACAGAAAUUCAGCAAUUACAAUUACAGAUGCUACGCUUUUAGGAGAAUCCAGGAUGCUUUCAAAGAUAGCAAAGGCUUGACCGACCAGAAGAUAAUAAGGAAGGAGAUGGAGUAUGCUAUUGAGAACCUGGCCGUUAUUCGCAGACAGAUCGUCAUUGGCAGCAUAUACAGCAGUGAAAAACUUGUUAUUGAAAAUCAGCGAUAAUAUUUUUUUGUUCAGUACAACUUAGUGACUUUUAUAAAGUUACGGGGCUGUCAAAUUUAAGGCUAGAUAAACAUCAGGCAAGAUAUUUAUAGUAUUUCAAAUAACGCCUUUUCUAAAGAGAACCAUAACACAGUCCUCUCUCUAUCACCCAACCACUGCUGUUACUCCUUUUAAGCACUUGUAUCUAAACUACAAAAUAAUAACUUACUUGUUUAUUAGGCGUCGGCAAUAUUGCAUGAGGUAUAGUGGAAGAACAUUUAUUUUUGCGUAAGAUUAUCACUUUAUAAUAUCCCACUUAUUACGGGAAAAAUAAAAAAUCCGAUCAAUGCCAAUGAAAUAUAAAUUUUAACUACUUGUCAGUAAACCUAUAAUUAUGUCUUUAAAGGAACAGUAGGCAAAAGUGGGAUAUUAUAUUAUGUUAAAACGUCAAACAUACAGAAAUACCACUUCAUAUAAUGCAAAAACGACUCCAAAGUAAUUUAGCUGUACCAACCUGUAUGUAUAUUAUAGUGUAAAUAAGUAUGAAAAGUUAUCCCUAACUUUGAUAUUGUUUUACGACUUGUGCGUUUCUUUAGAUAUUACGUACCUAUUGUUUCAAAGUAAUUUUUCUCGCUGCCAAUCGUAUACGAUAAUUGCAUUUUUUAUAAUUAUUUUAAUUUCUAAGACAUUGCUACACGGGCGGGUUUGAGUAUCAUUCAACGUUUUUCAAUUAUAUGCCCUGUUUUAAAGUGGUGACAUAUUACAUAUGCACUCACGACUGUAAUCUCCGAAGGGGUAGUCAGAGGUGGCUCACAAGCGAGCCACGCACUUUUCGCAGCACAGUUGUAGGUACUCACGUGAUAGGUUGCGAACCAUAUCGCCGUUUUGGAAUAAGUAAAGUGGUGAUCAUAUUCUAUUUGUAUUCUUUGGCUACCAGUCUACAUAAUUGGUAGGAUCAUUGUUUUAAGGUGUAGAUACCUUCUAUUACUUGUAAAUACUUAUUCAUUAUAAAUAAAUGCAUUAAUUACGAA